CCAUCCGUACCCAAGGGUUCUUUCUUUGUGCAUGUUUAUCCUAUUUAACUUUCCCUUUCCUAUUAGCUCUCAGUCAGAACAUAGCUUUUUGAAUCCACCUUUCCUAUGCAAAUGCGUCACGAUCUACCGGUACCAACAAGCCACUUCUCCCAACACGACUUGCCAGUGCAGAUUUCACAGGAGACAAGUCCUUUGGAACAAGCUCUUCGUGUGGCCCAUAUUCAAUGUCUUCCAUUAUUUAUCCGGGCGAGACAAAUGGUGGCACAGUCACAUCAUUUAUUCCUCUUACUACAGCUUGGCCUGCCUCUUCAGGAUGUGCAAGCUACUUCCGACUAAAUGGACCGAGCUUAAUGGCCUAUGACCCUGGCUAUGGGCUCGAGAUUAACACAGAUGUAAUAUGUGGCCCCCCAGCAUUAACAACAUGGUGGGAGCAAGGGCGUUUGGGCGGCGGUGGUCCAUAUCACACGGCAGUUAGCAUCGGUCCCCUUACAUGUCCAGAAGACUUUUCUACGGUUGUAUCUUCCGUCAAAGAUAGCUCUAGCACGCUAGCCAUGUGCUGCCCUUCAGAAUACUACCUGGCGGAUGGAAGUCCUGGUAAAAUCCAAGGAAACUGUUUGUCUCGUGUAUCUUCGGGUAUGAUUCUUACUUACGCAUCAACUCCUUCUGGUGACUCAACCGCGUGGAAAAUCGUGACAACCACAUUAUCCAAAAGCUCAACUGUUGGUGCGAUUGCCGUGGUAGGAUGGAACAUCAAAUUCCCCGGCACAACUACCAGCACAACUGCCUCCACAACUUCCAUAAACAAGUCGACAUCAGCUUCUGCCACCCCUAGUAUAUCCUCUGAGAUUGCUACUAGUACUACUAGCUCAACCUCUGGAAGUGAUCUUACCACCGGCACGAAAGUGGGAAUUGGCGUAGGAGUUGGAGUGGGUGCUUUAGGUGUGAUAGCACUGCUCGUUGCGUUAUAUUUCUAUACCCAUCGGAAGGAGCGAACCAUACCUGAUCUCCAUCCGCAACAACCUCCAAUAUCCCAAGCGAAUUGGCAGCCUGCUUUACCUGCAGAGCUCUAUACAGCUAAGCAUCAUCCUGGUGAAGGUGAGCCACCUGCAGAGUUAGUAGGAUGAUGAUAUUGAGUUCUUCUUUGUGAAUAUAUGUGGCCAACAUCAACCCUUACUAUUUCUUCCUACCUUCUUUUCAUGUAACUGAUAUUUGGAACAUGUUAUUAUACUGAGGUGUACAAACAGAGUUUUCACGUCCAAACUAGUAAUUGCUAUCUCAAGAAAAGAAGGGCCAUCUGAUUUAUUUCCCUUCACUGUAUUUUUCAAAAAUUUACGGGCCGAAAAUAUCAGGACGCAUAAACCCGCUACUCGUUGGGAGAAAGGGCCUCCAAGAGCCAAGAAUAUUACUAACCAAUCGCAGCUAGGUAUGGCGAAUCCUGGAGCUCGCUAAAUAACCACGGUGGUAGAAAGGGAUCUGGCUAGAAACAUGUAUAGUGCGUGGAAGAGAUAGGGUUUAAGGGGUGGUACAGUCCUCAAUGUACCCUCUCUUCACAUUCUCUAUAUCGAGUAUAUAUAUGUAGAAU